UACGUUGCAUCAAGCUACUUGUUCGGAUGAAUCAUGAUGCAGGGGUUGUCUGUUUAUAUGUAAACAAAACCCUCGUUAAGCCAGAAGUAUCAUUGGAGUGUUUAUUCGGGUUCAGCAUACUACCACUCGGUAUUCAAUUACCCAGAGAUGUUAUCGUCACCGCCAUUCGUUGUAUGCGGCCUCUUAUAUAUUGCCUUAGCUUCUGGUGUAGCAAUUAGAAAGGAUGUCGUGCCCUCAGACGCAACCAAGGCCGCGGUUGAUGCCAUGAUGGCAUUGUAUGAUGAGAAAACCGGUCUUUGGGAUCCCAACAGUACCGCAUCAUCAUGGUGGCAGAGCGGUGUCGCUCUUUGGGCCCUCACAGAAUACAUGGUCAAGUCAGGUUCUCACGAAUACUUGCCUCAGGCACUAAAUACAGUCAAGAUCCAGCGGGAGCCUCUUGCUUGGUGGCCGGGUGGAGAUGGCGAAUUUCGCGCUGACAGUACUGAUGAUACGGGGUGGUGGGCUCUCGCCAUGACCAGCCUAUACGAUCUCACAGACGAUGAAGAGUACCUACUUAUCGCAGAGGAGGACGAGGCCUAUAUGUAUGAAUACUGGAACACCACAACAUGCUCCGGUGGGCUAAUAUGGAAUAUCCCGAGCCGUACUUACCAUAACGCCAUUAGCAACGAGAUUUAUCUGCAGCUCACGGCCAAGCUACAUAACCUCAUCCCAGGAGAUACGACAUACUUAAACCACAGCCUACGAGAGUGGGAAUGGUUUAAGAACAGCGGCAUGAUCAACAGCGACAACCUUAUCAACGAUGGGCUAACAGACGACGCAUCCUGCGUUAACAAUGGAAUGACAACAUGGACAUACAACCAGGGUGUAAUCCUAGGUGGCCUUGUCGAAUUAUACGAAGCCACGGGGGAUAUAUCAUACCUCGACGAGGCGCAGCAGAUAGCAGAUGCCGUAGUCAACAGCGCGACUCUUGUUAAGGACGGGACAUUGACAGAGCCCUGCAGCAAUGAAGAAGUCUGUGAGCCAAAUGGCACGGCUUUUAAGGGUAUUUUCAUCCAGGAGCUGGCCAAACUCAACGCCGCCCUAGAUGACCACCCUUAUCGCUCUUUUAUAUCGCAAAAUGCGGUCACCGCGUAUGAGAACGCGCGGAACGGGUCGAACUUCUAUGGCUUCCAAUGGCAAGGGCCGUAUGAUAGUGUCACGGUCGGCACACAGGAGGCUGCCGUUCAGCUUUUGAUCGCGGCGUAUUUGUAAUACUCAAUCCGAAGGUGGUCAGAGUGUUUCUGGGGCUACUAUCCACCUUGUUGUCAAACUGUGGCGUGGGCGGUUACUGAGAUGCCUGGUAGUUGGUUCCCGGCUAGAUUGUUGCUAUUGCCCGUUGGGUACUAGCAACAAUGUGUCUAGAACUGUAAACUAGCGACGGGGAAAGACCGCUGUUCAAUCAACCGUUAUAGAAGGGAAGUAACUGCCCUCUUUACACCGUAAAAGCCGCGAAUACAUCUAAAUAUCGUCCUAAAUAUCAUUUUGUUUAUACAUUAUCAGAGAUAUCUUUUGAGUAAAUUAUCGAAUGCCGUCGGUUAUCGUGCUGAGUUCCAUUAUAAAGGCAGUUCUCUUGAUUCGUUGUUAUAAGUCUAUCGUCGUGUCAUUGGUUGAACGCGGCUGAGGCGUAGAAGCAUUAAGUACCUAAUGGAUAAUUUCUCACAUCUUUAUACCAGUCUGCACGACCAUCUUAGUGGAUUAUCCGUUGUUGUUGUAAUCCCUCUUCCCCG